AUGUCUGCUUUCUUGUCGCUCCUUUCAGUAUGCUUACUUAUCCGGACCGUUGCAUCGGUCUCGGCACCUAUCCUGAGGACCGUAUGGACUGCAACGGCCGACUCUUUCAAUCAGGGCAAUGAACCCCAAAAGGCUAUCGAUGCUAAUCUGAAUACCUUCUGGCAUUCGCAAUUCAACCCCACUGCCGAUGCACUCCCGAACUGGAUCAUAGUUGAUAUGAAGAACACCUACAACAUCCACGCCGUCGGAUAUCUUCCUCGCCAGGAUGGCAGCGCCAAUGGACGGAUCGGCGGUCACAAAAUCGAAGUGAGCACCGAUGGAGCGAAUUGGAAUCUCGCAGCGACCGGAACAUAUAUCAACGAUGACAUUGUGAAGAAGACGACGUUCAUUAGCAGAGCAGCUAGAUACGUUCGGAUCACCGCAACAACGGAGGCACAACAAGCCGGACUGCAGUGGACUUCGGCGGCAGAAAUCAACGUCUACCACGAGGUAACCUAUGACUACAUUUCUAGGACAGCAUGGACUGUUUCAGCCGAUAGUCAGGAAACAGUCAGUGAGAACUCCCCUGCACAAAACGCGAUAGACGGCAACCCUGCCACCCUAUGGCAUACGAGGUACAACGGCGGGACCAUAGCGCCACUACCGCACUGGUUUCAAAUCGAUGCUGGCACUCAGAUCACUGUUGAAGGAUUGAGCUAUCUACCUCGAGGCGCCCCGGGAAACGGACGUAUUGGGCAAUACAGUAUUCAAGUGAGUAACGACGGCAACACGUGGACACAGGUCGCGACUGGCAUGUGGGUAGACACCGAGGAUGAGAAGAUUACUCUUUUCGAUGCGACGGCUCGUUACUUCAGAUUGAAUGCUCUUACAGAAGCCGGUAACCGUGGACAAUGGACUACAGCGAGGGAGAUCAAUCUCGUCAGCGGCGAAACUGAAGUCAUUCCUGCUGCUCCUGCAGCGUCGAACGGUCUCUGGGUGAAUACGGUCGACUUUCCUCUCGUACCAGCGGCGGUUGCCAUGCUGCCAAACGGUAAGGUAUUGGUUUGGUCAUCUUUCGAACGUGACAACUUCGGCGGCUCGAAUGGUUUCACCCAAACUGCCAUCUACGACCCGGCCACCGGAGAGUCAACCCCACGCGUUGUGACCAAUACAAAUCACGACAUGUUCUGCCCUGGAAUCUCGAUAGACUUCAACGGUCGCAUCGUCGUGAGUGGCGGUAGUAAUGCCGCGAAGACUAGCAUUUAUGAUUCUGCAACCGAUGCGUGGACUGCUGGGCCGGACAUGAAUAUAGGACGAGGGUAUCAGUCUACCGUUACAGUCGGAGACGGUCGCAUAUUUAAUAUUGGUGGUAGCUGGAGUGGCGCAGUCGGCAAUAAGAACGGCGAGAUAUAUAGUCCCAGCGCGAAUACCUGGACGCUGCAGUCGGGCGCAUUAGUCUCACCAAUGCAGACUCAGGACACAAAGGGACCUUAUCGCUCGGACAAUCAUGGGUGGUUGUUUGCAUGGAAGACCGGGACUGUCUUCCAAGCGGGCCCUUCGAAAGGGAUGAACUGGUACGACACCAACGGUGCGGGUAGCGUCACUGCCGCAGGUAACCGAGCAGAUGAUGGCGAUGCAAUGUGCGGCAACGCUGUGAUGUACGAUGCCCCUGCCGGUAAGAUCCUGACCGCCGGCGGCUCAGCGAACUACGAGGACGACACGGCUCGCUCGAACGCCUACGUCAUCACUCUUGGGGCUACAAAGCAGAACCCUCAAGUGACAAAAGUUCCAAACAUGGCAUUUGCACGAGGCUUUGCGAAUGGCGUCGCCCUUCCAGAUGGCACAGUCUUCGUGACUGGUGGGCAAAGUUUCGUCAAGCCGUUCACGGACACAACAGCGCAUUUGACUCCGGAAUUGUUCAAUCCUGCGACAAACACAUGGACCCAAUUGAAUCCUAUGUCGAUUCCUCGAACGUAUCACUCGACUGCGUUGCUUCUGCCCGAUGCAACCAUACUCCAAGGAGGAGGUGGCUUGUGUGGCGGUUGCGGUGUAAACCACUUUGACGCCGAGAUCUUCGUUCCUCCAUACCUUCUAAAUGCUGAUGGUUCACGCAAGGCACGGCCGGUCAUCAAUACUGUAGCAACGACUGUGAGGCUCGGUGCUUCACUCGGCAUCACCACAAACUCAGCCGUAACGCGGUUCGCUUUGGUUCGGAUCGGCUCGGCUACUCAUACCGUGGAUACUGACCAACGGCGCAUCCCUCUCACACCCGCAGGCAGCGGAACCUCAUAUACAGUAACAAUUCCUAGUGAUCCUGGUGUGGCUGUUCCCGGAUUUUGGUUUUUGUUCGCACUCAAUUCGGCUGGUACCCCGAGUGUUGCGAAGAUAGUCAAAGUCACUCCGUAG